UCAAUUGGGAAUUGGGAACGUCAAUCAGCUGAUAAUAUUUUUCACUUGGCCAAGCAUCGCAGUCGAAAGGCGGAAAAAGUGUGAUAUUUCAUAACUUUUCCAUAAAAACAAUCAAUUACGACAUGGAAAACGAAAAGGUAGAAUUGUGUGAAAGCUUGAUGAAGUGGCUGCAGUGUCUCAAAUUGAGUGGAGCCCACGGAAAUGCUCGGGAACUGAGCGAUGGCGUCGCAAUGGCCCAGGCACUGAAUCAGAUCGCUCCUGAACACUUCACAGAUUCCUGGCUGUCCAAGAUCAAGACAGACGUACCGCACAACUGGAGGCUGAAGGUGAGCAAUCUAAAGAAGGUGGUUCAGGGCGUCUUUGACUACUACAUCGACGUGCUGAGUCUGAGUCUGUCGGAAGUGGCUAAACCAGAUGUUAUGAGGAUUGCCGAGAAGGCAGACAAGACGGAACUCUCGAGACUGCUUCAGCUCAUCCUCGGCUGCGCUGUGAACUGUGCAGAGAAGCAGAACUACAUCACACAGAUCAUGGAACUGGAGGAGUCUCUGCAGCGCAACAUAAUGCGAGCGCUGCAGGACUUGGAGGAGGUCUGGCAAGGCACCGGACCCUCCAGGAGCUCUCUCAGCAUCCAGCAGUUUGACGUGAAGGCACUGCAAGAGGAGCGAGACACCCUUGCGCAGAAGUGCCACGAAAUGGAACGCCAGAUUACGUUCCACUUGGAAGAGAAGGCAACAAUGCAGCAGGAAAUCACAAAGCUCAACCAGAUGGUGGAGAAAGUUGAGUCUCCGCUGACGAUUGGGGAUGAUGGAGCGUCAAUUGGACCUGUCCAACUCGGGUCAGCGCGCUACAAUGAGCUCCGAAGGCAGUUGGAUAUUGUGAAGGAUGAUCUACUCCAGGCAGAGACCGCGCGUGAUGACUUCAAAAUGAAGUCUCGCCAGCAAGAGCAGGAGAUUCUCAAUCUUCAGCUGAAAGUUGACGAACUGCACCAAGCGUCGGUGGAAUUGAGUCAGCUGAAGGAUGAAAUUGAUGUGCUGCGAGAGGCCAAUGACAAGCUGAAGAUCUACGAGACGCAAUUGGCGACGUACAAGAAGAAAUUGGAGGACCACAGCGAUCUCCGGAAGCAGGUGAAAAUGCUGGAGGAGCGCAGUGCUGAGUAUCUGCGGCAGAACAUUCAGCACGAGGAGGAUUCGAAAAAGUAUUCCGGUCUCAAGGGACAAGUUGAACUGUACAAGAAGGAGAUUCAGGAGUUGCAUCUCAAAUUGGAUACGGAAAUGAGCAAAAGUGCCAAGAUUGAGUUCGAGUUGACCAACUUGGAUACCAAUCUCAGCGCUCUGCAGCGGGAGAAGGAGAACUUACUGAUUGAGAGGGACACUCUGCGCGAGACUUGCGACGAGCUGAGGUGUACUCAAGGCUCCAGUGAUUCUACCAACACGAUUUCCCGGGAAAUCGUCUCGCCCACGCUCAAGGACAGGAUUGAUCGACUCGAGGCGGAGAACAAGGCGCUGCGGGAGGGCCAAGGUGGCCAGACAGCAUUGGCGCAACUUCUGGACGACUCGAAUCAGCGAACAGAGAAAUUGCGAGAGCAGCUGAAGCAGGCGAACCAGAAGAUUCUCACACUGACUCAGGGCCAGACGGAUGAGAGUAGCGCUAAGGGAAAUCUGGUGGUGCAAUUGCGUCAGGCCCUUGAACUCAAUGAGCAGAGGGCGUCACAAGUGGAGGAGAGCCAGCUUCAGGUCAACAAUCUGCAAGCUAAAGUCACUCAGCUCGAGACAGCUUUGUCCAGUCGCGAGCAGGAGUUGUCCGCUGCCGAGGCGCGCUACAGGAAGUGCGUGGAGAAAACCAAGGAGAUGAUUAAGAGUCUCGAUCCACGACUGGCAAAUGAGGUUUCUCUGCUGGACCAAGGCAAGUCAUCUGACCCGGAACCAGAGGUUCACACGAGCAGAAUGAAUCAGAGAGAGGAGCAACUGAUAACGACAGCCUUCUGCAAAUUGGCACUCGAUCGUCAGCGUGAUGCUAUGGAUUCCCGAAUGGCACUCCUCAGUGGAUCCGGACAGAGUUUCCUGGCGCGCCAGCGUCAACCAGUGCCUCGAAAGCCGGCCACGUCCUUCAAGACGAAGUGAGUUGAGAAUUCCACCAUAAAUCACAAGGAUGCCUUGGAGUCCGCUUCACCGCCCUUUUGGUAGUUUUAUAUGACGUAUGUUGUUAGCAUGACUUCACCAU